CUUUUCCAAUCGACCAAUACCGUAGCGGAAGUACCCCAGCACUUAAGCCAUGUCCAACGACGGAGACGCCAACGCCAGCAACGCCAACCUGCAGAUGCAGCUGCAGCUCCAGAACCAGCGCGCUCAAAUGCAACAGCAACAGCUCGCGCUCCACGCUUUCUGGCAGCACCAGAUCCAGGACAUUUCGCAGAUCGACCCCAACGCCUUCGACUUUAAGACGCACCAGCUGCCGCUAGCACGUAUCAAGAAGAUCAUGAAGACGGACGAAGACGUGCGUAUGAUCAGUGCUGAGGCGCCUGUGCUCUUCGCUAAGGCCUGCGAGAUGUUCAUCCUCGAGCUCAGUCUGCGAGCCUGGAUCCACACGGAGGAGAACAAGCGUCGUACUCUGCAGCGGAACGAUAUCGCCAUGGCCAUCACCAAGACCGACGUCUUCGAUUUCCUCAUCGACAUCGUCCCGCGUGACGAUAUCAAGCCCGCGAAAAAGGGCCCUGUGGAUGCACAGGCUGUGUACCAGCAACAACUUCAGCAGCAACAAGCGGCCAUGCUUCAGCAGCUCUUGCAGACCCAACAGAACGGCGGUGCGGCUGGAAACGUGGCGUGGCCCAACCAACAACUGCAACAGCAGAUGAUUCAGCAGUACCAGCGUAUGCAGCAGAGCGCGGCGGCGGCUGCCGGUGGAGCAACCACACCGUCGAACGGCGCGCUGCCCAACUUGUCCCCGUCGGGCAGCGAUGCGGCCGGCCAGAGCUCAGCCAACACGACGCCUGGGGGGAACAACUCGUCUGCGGACCAGCUCUCGCUGAAUCAGCGCAGCGUGGAUGUAUAA